CAUAGAUCACUGCUGGAGUAAAAUGAGAUGGUUUAUUUAGACAAGUGUGUUUAUUUUGUGUCACUGCUCAUUCAACAGCUCAGCUUCUCACAACAAACCUGUGUUUUUCUCUCUAACCAAAUCCAGUGUUAGGUUUCCGUUAUAUCUGGCAUCACAUCCAUAUAUACAGAUCUUUUAUUAAGAGCCAAGAAUGCUGUGAGCCAGGCAACCAGUUUUUUCUAUACCACAUCAGUUGUACUUGCUUUCAGCCCAAUAAGAACUCUUAGUUGAACUAGGUGAUAUGAAAUUUUAAUCUAGACAACCAGACAGCGAUGGAGUGUCCCUUCAACGCCAUGUGGUUUGAAAGCUGCGGAGGAGUAAAGAGAGAAAAGGAGAGAGAGAGAGGGAGAGGGAGAGAGAGAGCGCCUUGGGGACCAGAGGAGGAGCCUAUUGGAAAUACCACAACCACAUAACUGGCUGGGUCUCACAUCUGCUCUGCCUGACAUAGCUGUGUGUUCUCUAUGAAAAUAUCAACAGCCAUCUGACAAUCUGAAAAUGAAAAUCUCUCCCCACUAACUGGAGCUAAUUGGACUUGAGCACUCUUCACUGUGGUCACGAUAUGUCUCAUGGAUUUGUUUUGCUCGGUGCAGGUGGCUGAACUGGACCUGGACUGGCACUGAUGGUCAAACUGAAGCCCCUCCACAGUGUCUGGGCCAAUCCUGGAGGGGCGCGGGGCUGAUGUCCCACGGGGCAACAGGGUAUAUGUGUUCUGGAGAUCUGAAGAGACACUCUACAUCCCGAUAAAUGGAGGAGAAGGAGCGAUGUAGGAGCAGGUCUCCAGCCCGGAGCACCAGCCGCGUGCAGCAGGUGGUGGGGACCAUAAUACGACGCACCCGAGAGUCACUCAGCAGGGAGCGGUUGCUAGGAGAUGGGAGGUCACAGCGAUCCAACAGUCUGUCCAAUCAGAACUUCCAGGCCAAACUCCAGCUGCAGAUCACCAGAGAUGCGGUCUUGGACAGCAGCACUGGCCAUGGCUUCACCCUCACCACAGAGCCCCCCCUGCUGGUCAGGGACAUCUCCCCAGGGAGUCCGGCAGAUGGGAUCCUCUACCCAGGGGACCAGGUACUGCAGAUCAAUGACAAAGUGCUGGAGGAUUUAAGCUCUGAGCAGGUGGAAAACGUCUUGAGGGACAUGGAGGAUUGUAUCACUGUAACCAUCCUACGGCACAUGACGAAUCCAAAGUCGUCCAUCAUGUCUGCGGAAAAGAGAGCCCGCCUGAGGAGCAAUCCAGUUAAAGUGCGCUUUGCAGAGGAAGUGGUGGUCAAUGGGCACACUCAGGGAAACUCUCUCCUUUUCCUGCCCAAUGUCCUCAAAGUCUAUUUGGAAAAUGGACAGACCAAAGCCUUCAAGUUUGACAACACCACCACAGUAAAGGACAUUGUUCUCACUCUGAAGGAUAAACUGUCCAUCCGGGCCAUUGAGUACUUUUCCCUGGUGCUGGAACAACAGUACAGCAUCACCAAGCUGCUGCUGCUGCACGAGGAUGAGCUCAUGCAAAAGGUGGUGCAGAAAAAGGACACCCACGAUUAUAGGUGUCUGUUCAGAGUGUGUUUCAUCCCCAGAGACCCCAUGGACCUACUACAGGAGGACCCCUCUGCUUUUGAGUAUUUCUUUUUACAGAGCGUUGGCGACGUGCUUCAGGAGCGCUUUGCUGUGGAGAUGAAGUGUAACACGGCUCUGCGGCUGGCGGCAUUGCACAUGCACGAGAGACUUGAUAGUUGUGGACAGACGAGGACAUCUAUCAAGAGCAUUACGAAAGAGUUUGGCCUGGACAGCUUCAUCUCCCCGACCCUCCUCGGAAACAUGAGGGAGAAGGACCUGAGAAAAGCCAUCAGCUACCACCUCAAGAAGAUCCAGGCCCUCCUGGAGCCGCGACAGAAAGUCAUAGCUGCUACUCAGGCUCGACUGGCCUACCUCACUCAGCUGGGAGAGCUCAUUUCAUAUGGAGGGCGAUCCUACAGUGCCACUAUGAUGCUCCAGGACAGAGAAGUACCGGUGAGCCUUUUGGUUGGAGCAAAGUAUGGCAUGAGCCAAAUCAUCAACCACAAACUGAACGUGAUCUCAACGCUGGUGGAGUUCAGCAGCAUCAGCCGCGUGGAGCUGCUCUCAGAGUCGGAGAAAGUCAGCCUACUGCGCAUCUCACUGCAUGACAUGAAGCCAUUUGCCUUACUGAUGGACUCUCUGGCAGCCAAAGACUUAGCAUGUCUGCUGGGGGGCUACUGCAGACUCCUGGUGGACCCCAAUGUCAAUGUCUUCCGUCUGGGGCGCCCGAAAGUGAGGGUGCACCGGAUACCUGCUGAAGAAGGUGUGUGUGGGAAGUUCGCCGUUGUAGAGGGCGUGUGCUAUGAAUCCCUGACAAGUUAUGUAUCCCGCUGCUGUAGUGACUCAGAUGAAUCAUCAGAUGACGACGACCCAAUGGACUCAAAUCGCCAUGACCCCGCAAGUCAGGACUGGGAGGAGCGGAGGAGAGAGGCGGAGGAGCAGAGGAGGGAGGAGGACCGGCAGGAGAGAGAGGAGCAUCAGGGCAAACAGGAAGUCAAGAUUAUUGUUACCACGGAAACGAAAGAAAACGAAGGUGAAGAAGGUGCUUCAGGAAGUGGGUUGAGGAAGUUCGCAGUGAUGGAUGAGGACAUUAACAGAGAGAAUAACUGGUACCACACAGACCCACGAGUCACCUGUAGCUUCUCCAGUCUGUCCAGUGGCUCUCUGAGUGCUGCUCUGGAUGACAGCAGCAGCAGCACCUCGGCCAAAACUUCAUCCCGUUCAGAGGUGCAAGCCGCUAUAGACGUGCACCACCCCUACCUCCUCGAUACGAAAGCCCACCAAGCCCCGCUGCGACCCACCAACCUCAACUACUGCGGAACUGACAACUCGUACUUGUGCUUUACAGACCUCUCCAACUCUGAUUUCAUGCCUAGUCCGGCAGGGGCGACGAGUGAUGACGAUGAUGACGAUGAUGAGGAAGAGGAGGAGCAUCCACUUAAAUCACUUCGACGCAUUUCUAAGAUUCCCAGUUCGAGGGAUUUGAGAAUGAUCGACAGCACGCCUUUUAAAAGAUCGCCAAUUAAAAAGAAAAAGACUCCCCCAAAAGUCCCAGUUAGAACAAGUUCAAUACCUGGAAAUAAAGCAGCGCAGGCAGAACAUCGGCUCUCGAAGGAUGAAGAUGCAAUGCGCCUUACACCUUCUCCCAAUGUUGUGCCAUCUCUCUUGGUGAAGGAAAGUGCUUCAGAGUCUGAAGAGGAGUUUUACGAUGCAAAGGAGAGAUUCACGCCCCCAGUACCAGAUCUUUCCGAUAAAGAGCUUGCUGAUCGAUGCAAUGCUAAUCGCCUGAGUGGCAGUUGGAAUGGUUUCCCUGCAUCAUCUGGAAAGGCUCCUCCCUCUCCCCUCGCUACUAAAUCCUCUAAUGUCAAGAAGGAAUUGGACAUGCCUAAAACUCAAUCAAGUCAACAACUUAACAAAGUGCAGCCAAGUCCCCCAAAGCCAUCUCCCAAACCUGAAGUUAAGGUAAAACCACCAGUGGCCCCUAAGCCUCAGCUGCCUCCCAAGCCUAAAAUCAACCCUCCAAAAUCACCCCAAAAGGGACAGUCGUAUGCUCACUGUAACGGGGACGGCUCGGGACGGCUCUCCUCAGAUCUGCUGGAGAUGGAGCCGGAAACAAUGGAGUUUAAGUCAGUCACUUCUGGAGCAGGGGGGCUGCCUCUUUCCUCUCCCCUGAUCACUGCUGUCCGCUACAGACAGCAACCACUCCCCAGCACCACACUGCAAACUGAGGAGAAGAGGCUGCAAAAUGGACUGAAACCAAAUAAAGAGGUUCCACAUGAAAAUGGAGUUUCAAAAGACAAAUAUAUUAUAGAUAAAGAUGGUGAUGUUGAGGUACAGAACAAUGGUACAACCACAUCUGCUAAAUGCCAACCGUCAAUGCCACGCUCAAAUUCAGGUACAAAACUUGCUCCUCCUCCAGUACCCCCAAAACCCACUGGCCCAAUAAACCUUAUCCCCUUGUCCUUACCUGCCAGUUCUCCUGUAUCUCCAACUGACCCAAACAAAAGCAUAUUUAACCCUCCAAAUGGGAUCUACCCUUGGAGCAGUCGCAAUGGAACCAUCCAGUCUGGACCUAAGAGGGUGUCUCUGAGCCACGAGAGCCUUUCACCCAAAAACUCAGAGGCGCCUCUCACCCUCACUACCUCCCUCACCUCCACCAACUCUGCAGGCAGUGGAGGGCUCGAGAGCAGGGAGACAGGGAGGUCUGGCUCUGGGUCCGAUCUGCGCACCAGCUCAACCAGUCUCGGGGGGAGACUUCCAGCUUCGGCCCUUAGAGGAAAGAUCCAAGCCCUACCGUGGUACAUGACGCGCUCACAGGAAAUCUUAGGGACCCUCGAUUACCCAUCAACCAGCUCCAUCAAUGGCGACACAUCUGGAUUUGGUUCUGGGCUGUCUGUUGCCAGCGGACUAUCAGAUCUGAACAAGACACCUGUAAAGGAAAAGGACGCUUGUAUUGCCUCAAAAUUUGAAAAGAAGGGAGAGUUUUUAGAAGAUGGGGCACAGGUUGUGAUAGCCACUUUCAAAGAAGCCCAGGAAGUGACAUCACACAUGAACAAAGCCAAUGGGAUAAACGGGUCGUACCCAAACCUAAACAGUAUCUACAGUGGCAGUGUGUCUUCGGAGCAGCCACAAUCUCGUCCCAACUCAGCAGUGGGGCUUAGAGGGGUGAUGAACAUGCAUGAAGGAGGGGAUUCUCCCACAUCCUCAUUAGCAGACAGUACUCCUCCACAGCAACACAAAGACGCAUGCGGGUGUCGGACUGUUUAUGCUAACUGCUUUAGUGGAGACAGUGAGGAUGGGGUCAGCUUUGACGAGGAGAUGACUGUUUUUGAAUUCUCCCGACGAACAAAACCUAAACCGACCAGCCCUGCGCCUCCCCCUGCUCCUCCGACUUCAUCUUCCAACUCUAAUCUCAUUUCACUGCUGAGGGACAACCCCAGACCACUCUCUACCUUCUCCACUGCAUCGUCUGACUUUAGUCCGCUUGUCUCUUGUCCGGUCUCUCCUACUACAUCACUAGGAAAUCCUCUUCGAUCUUUCACUAAUAAAAACUAUGGUGGGCUCAAGGGUGGUUUCGCUACUUUACGGCAAGAUAUUGACCAACUCCUCCUGGUGUUGGAACAAGGCGUACUUGAACAAGAAAUAUUAAACCAUGAAUCGGAUCAAAAGGGUCUAAAAGAUGAGCCAGAUUUAAACCACAAUGGGACUAAUAACACAACUCGUGGUGUCUAUUGUAGCAGGAAAAGCCAAAUUUCUAUGAGUGAAGUUGAGAGAACUCUACUUCAGACUGAGGCCAGGCGAUUGGCAUCCGGAUGUCAGAGAGCCACACGUGUUGGCUGGGCCCCAGAUGAAGCCUUGCGUUCCCUGUCCAAUAGUUUCAGUGCACUGGUCCAGUUAUCCGCAGCUUGUUUGCGAACCAAACCGUGUAGUCGCUGUGAUGUGUGCCAGAGUGUGAGUGGAACAUAUAAAGAUGCUGCAGAGGACAGCCAGGAGCCUAUGGACAAGCUAAAAGAAAUACUAGGACUGUAUCGGGAGUUUGUGGGGGCAGUUGAGAGCGCGGGGACAGGGGCAGGACUGAAAAAUCAGGGGGAGACAGAUGGUGUCCGCCUACUGGCCAAAAGAUGUACUGUACUUAUCUCCUCUGUGUUUGCUUUGACACAACUGUUCCGCACACAAACUUUAGAAACUUCAGACCCUCCAAGUCAAACGUCUAACCACGCAGCUAACCACACGCCUGGUCCAGUACCUCUCAAAUUCUGACUUUACCCCAUCCCAUUCAUAUUUCUUUGACUUUGGGCUUAAACAAGAGCCUGACACAGUUGUACUCUCCUGUAACCUUGUUGUAUAGUGCCAAGUUGCCAACCACAAUUCAGCAUAUACAAACUUUGAAUACAACAGCCACAAACCAACCGCAAAAUGAGGAAUUCUUAUUAACUUGGCCUCUUCCUGGACGCAUAUGGACUAUGCAUCUGUACAUAUGGAUUUUAUAAUCUUAUUUUAUGAUAUAGUAUGUGUAUGUAAGAAUGAAUUACCUGUGUAUGUAUUUAUGUAUUUAUUUUUUACAAUGUUUGCACCAUGGUCUGUGGUGUUUCUGGUGAAAAAAUUAACACUAUGGAUGUCACUGGAGAAUUUUUUUUUUUUUUUAUUCUAAACAACAGUAUUAUAUGUUAUUUUUGCUGCUUAACAAAUUUUCACUCCACAAGGUGUAAUCUGUAAAUUGUCGUUUUCGAAGUAUAAUUUACUGACAAGUUUUACAAAUAAUCUUGGUCCUAAUUGCAAAAAAGCAGUACUGGAUUUUUUUCGUAUGCGACUGCACCUUUAUAUAGAUUUAGUUGUUUACAGUUACUCAUUUUAAUGGGCUACAUUACCAAGCAGGGAGAGCACUUUUGACUGUUACAGAUUGCACCUUUUUGGCACUCUCCUUUCGUGAAGUGUUUUUACCCAUAAUUCCCUUGUCCUCAUAGUACCAUUCUCCAAAUGUAUGCAGUAUUAUAUUGUUAUUCUAGUUUUUCCAUGAGAUAUUUAUUUCCUAGUGUGUGAGUUGGGUCCAAGAAGUAAAAAGGGGAUCAAUUGAGUGUAGUUUAAGGUUUUGUCUUGACACUAGUGUGACUGUUAUGCUUAAAAUGUAGCAAGGAUCCAAAGUCUUAAACUGUUCGAACACUGAGCCACUAAUGUCCCCACAAUGGUCUCUUCUCUGGACACCACCACUAUAACAAUAACAUGGACUGACUGCUGUAGAUAUAAACAUGAAUAUCUAUGUUGUUUUUUUUUUGUCUUUAGUUUAUGGCUAUGCAAAUCAAACCCACCCUCCACGUAUUGUAGUCUUGUUUUAUUGUGUGAACAUUUAAAACAACAGUAGCUGCAUUAUGUUUCUAUAAAUGUAAUGGGUGCUUUCUUUGUUUGGAAUGUUUAACUUUGAUCUGAUUUGAAGAAAAAAAUGAAAGCAACAUUCUGCAUUGUUGCAUGGCAUUAGCAUAAAAUAUACUGUCAAUGUGAAAACCCUAUCUGUACUGAUGUCUGGGAUUAUUACAUUGUUUGCUAAUGUAUAGUACUCACUAAUUAGCAGCUGACCAUAUCACAUAAUGCCUGCUCAUCUGAUUGAAAGGAGGAUUUAUUAAGAUGCCUACCAGAAGUGAAUUAGAAAAUAAGGUCUUAUGUAUUGAUUUGAGAGUGUAUAAAUUUGUUUAAAGGAGCAUUAAUGGGAAGAUUGCAGCCAGAUACAUUUUCUAAAUGUUCUAACAAGAUGACACAAGAUGUUAUUGAAAUAAUGAUGUUUGGGAAAAGAUGCCUUCUCAUUGCCAUAACAAGAAGCUCCAUUGUAACACUUUUGAACUCUCAGGAGCCUCUUCUGUUUGUGUCAGGCUACUAAACAAUGGAGAAGCCUGGGUUACAUUUUAAUCUGUGUACAUCUGUAAGCAUUGGUCAAAUCAUAACAAAUGCAUUUCAUUAUGAAAGGGACAUUGUGCGUUACAUGUGGUCACUUUCCCAUACCCACUUACAAUAAACUAAAUAU